AUGGCGGACACACCAGAAUCUCAGGAAUCAGCUAUUUCGACCACCGCCAAAUCAAAAAAUGCUGACAAAAAUGAAGCGAAAAGAAAGGCUAAACUCGAAAAAUAUGCCAAAAAACAGGAGAAAAUCUCUACCGCAAAUAAUAUGCCCGAAGGUGAUAAGAAAAAGGAAAAAGAAAAACAACCUAAAGCUGAGAAAGCAAUAACAAAUGAGGAGUUCAUCGAUAACACACCUGCUGGUGAAAAGAAAGAUAUGUCCAAACCUAUGGCAUCGUCCUAUAAUCCUAAAGCUGUUGAGUCCGCUUGGUACGCAUGGUGGGUAAAAAAUGGCUUCUUCAAACCAGAAUUUGCUGCAGAUGACAAACCAAAAUCGGAAGGAAUAUUCGUGGUUCCUGCCCCUCCACCAAAUGUAACAGGUUCCCUUCAUAUUGGUCAUGGCUUGACUGUUGCUAUUCAAGAUACUUUAGUCAGAUGGAACCGGAUGUUAGGCAAAACUGUAUUAUUUAACCCUGGCAUAGAUCAUGCCGGAAUUUCAACUCAGUCCGUUGUAGAAAAGAGACUAUGGACGGAGAAACAACAAACUCGUCAUCAUCUGGGUCGCGAAAAAUUCGUUGAAGAAAAAUUGUCCAAUGCCGUUGCAGAGACUUUUUGCCGUUUACAAGAAGAAGGCGUAAUUUAUAGGGCAACUCGGUUGAUUAAUUGGUGUGUUAGAUUAAACACCGCUUUGUCAAAUCUUGAAGUUGAGAAUAAGGAAUUAACAGGACGUACACUCGUAACAGUACCUGGGUAUGAAGAAAAAAUAGAAUUUGGUGUUCUAACGUCAUUUGGAUACCCUAUUGAAAACUCUGACGAAAGAAUAAUUGUUGCUACAACUCGACCGGAAACGAUGUUGGGUGAUACUGCAGUAGCCAUCCAUCCUCAAGACGAGCGAUACAAGCAUCUUCAUGGAAAAUUCGUGAUCCAUCCUUUUAAUGGCCGUAGACUACCAAUCGUUCUUGAUGAUAUUGCUGUAGAUAUGUCCUUUGGAACGGGUGCCGUAAAAAUCACCCCUGCACAUGAUUUUAAUGAUUAUGAGGUUGGGAAGAGACAUAAUUUAGAGUUCAUCAACAUUCUUAAUGAUGACGGCACUCUUAAUGAAAAUGCCAGCCAAUUUCAAGGCAUGAAACGGUUUCAUGUCCGUAAAUCGGUUGUAGAUGCUCUUAAAGAGAAAGGCUUAUUUAUCGGAACACAAGAAAAUCCAAUGACUAUUCCUCUUUGCGCUAAGUCCGGCGAUGUAAUAGAACCCAUUUUGAAACCUCAAUGGUGGGUUAGUUGUUCAAAUAUGGCACUCGAGGCAAUGAAGGCGGUUACGGAUGGAAAACUUCGUAUUUUUCCAAAAACGUCUGAAAAAGAUUGGUUCAGAUGGCUUGGAUCUAUUCAAGAUUGGUGUAUAUCUCGUCAACUUUGGUGGGGACAUAGAGUCCCUGCUUAUUUCAUCAAGAUAACAAAUGAAGUUCAGGACCGGUCCGAUGGCUCAUAUUGGGUUUCUGGUCGUAAUAUGGAUGAAGCCAACGAAAAGGCAAGGAAAAAGUUUCCAAACGUUGAAUUUAUUCUGGAACAAGAUCCGGAUGUUUUGGACACGUGGUUUUCAGCUGGAUUGUGGCCGUUUUCGAUCUUCGGUUGGCCUGAAAUGACUGAUGAUUUAGCUAAUUUCUAUCCAACAUCGUUGUUAGAAACCGGGUGGGACAUAUUAUUUUUCUGGGUAGCCCGCAUGGUUAUGUUAGGCAUUAAGCUUACCGGGCAAGUCCCUUUUGGUGAAGUUUUUUGUCAUGCUAUGAUUCGUGAUGCACAUGGGCGUAAAAUGAGUAAAUCGUUGGGUAAUGUGAUAGAUCCAGUAGAUGUGAUUGAAGGCAUCUCCUUAGAAAAAUUGCAUGCUAAAUUAUAUCAAGGAAACCUUGAUAAACGUGAAAUUGAGAAGGCCACGGCUGGUCAAAAAGCAGAUUAUCCAAAUGGUAUUCCAGAGUGUGGUACAGAUGCUUUACGAUUUGCAUUAUGCGCUUACACUUCGACGGGUCGAGAUAUUAAUCUCGACAUUCUUCGCGUGGAAGGAUAUCGUAAAUUCUGCAACAAAUUAUGGAAUGCCACUCGAUUUGCUUUGAUUAAAUUAGGAACUGACUUCAAACCGAGGCUCGACGCAAAUAUAACUGGAAAAGAAUCACUUGCUGAACUAUGGACAUUACAUAAGCUUAACCAAGCCAUUGUAGACACGAACAAAGCUCUUCAUGAAAAAAACUUUAUGAAUGCUACAACAGCUGUAUAUAGCUUUUGGUUAUACGUGCUGUGUGAUAUCUACAUCGAACUGAUAAAACCACUGACAGCCAAUGAUUCAAUAUCAUCAGAUGCCGAAUGUAAACGUUCUGCUGAAGAUACGCUAUAUACUUGUUUGGAGGCAGGUCUUAAAUUGCUUCAUCCAUUUAUGCCUUUUGUGACAGAAGAAUUAUAUCAGCGAUUGCCUCGACGUCCGAAUGACGAUAAUCCAACAAUCGUCAAAGCAAAAUAUCCGCUUGAGGUAUCAGAAUACCACAAUCCACACGCUGAAGAACAAUUUGAUCUUGUAUUUUCCGUUGUCAAAGCUGCUCGAUCACUUAUUGUUGAAUAUAAUAUUCGAUCUAACGCCUCACUUUUUAUACAAGUUGCUUCCGAUUCACUUGCAACGCUGUUCACCGCUCAAGAGCAAAGCAUUGUCACUUUGGUUAAAGGAGCAAAAUCUGUUCAUGUUUUUCAACAUGACGAAUCUAUUCCUGCUGGCUGCGCCUUAAGUACAGUUACUGAUGAAAUAAAUGUAUUGCUUUUGGUUAAGGGAUUCGUAGAUAUUGACGCGGAGGUUGCAAAAUUCCAAAGUAAACUUGAUAAGACUACUCAAGCAUUAGCAUUGCUCCAGAAAAAAAUACAAAUUCCGGAUUAUGAGUCCAAAGUCCCAAUAGAUGUUCGCGAUGCCAAUGAAGCCAAGCUCAAGGCUUACCAAGCAGAAGUUGACGCGUUAGGGCAUAGUAUUCAAAACUUUUUGAAAUUGAAAGAUUAG